CCAUUUCAAAAUGUUUGUGCCUCCUUGCGGCUUAGGUUUCGAAAGAAGGUCGUUUAUUUGGACCCCAAUCAGCAUCAUUUUUGAAAAUUCCAAAUUGAAAGUCGGUCCAAGCUGGCUUGUUUACAGUGUUUCAAUUCUACUUCUGGCCACCUCGAUCGAUGUGCAUCCACUGCUGUCGCCUCCGCCGGACACCAUGUCCACCGAUUCCCUACAGCUGUCCACACUGCCCGGUGCGCACCAUCUCCAGCUGCUGUCCACUGGGCAGUCGGCCCCUCGCCGAGAAUCCUUUCAUAAGAGGUCCGGAUCGGGAGCCAACCCCCGAUCCCUGCGACACCUUGCCACCGCGCUGGCUGGACCUCAAUCGACGGGUCAUAUUUGCCUUGGCAAAAAGAUUAUGUCGAUCUCCAGAGGCAGCUCAUUAUAUUUUGCUUCGCCUGUUGUAUGCCAACUAUAGAAAAGUGAUGAUGAUAUCCAGAAAACGAAGGAGAUACAAGGUGCCACUAAGUGGGUUUCCCGAUCAGGAUUUGUUCUCCGCCAGCGCACAUUUCGAUAGCAAUGGUUACCUCUCCGAUCCCAUGGCUCCCGAAACUCUGGGAAAGCUACUCCACAUGAUGCAGGACUACAUCCUUCGGCUGAGAGCGCUGAAUCGCAAGUACAAGUGGUGUGGCAACGGCGAGGACUUUGGAGAUGUAUUGCUCCUAUUGGGAGAGCAAGACGAACUGGUACGAUUGUUAAGAGAUCUCUUUGGAGACAGCGAUGUUGUGUCCAUUCCAAAGCUCCUGAGCGCCCUUAGCGAGCUGGAAAUCAAUAAUUUAUACGGAAAGUACAAGAAGAAAACAGUUCCCUUUAUGGUGAGAAGUAUAUCUGAUCUCUACUCCGAAGUGACGGAACCAAAGAGUCCAGUUUUGAUAUCAUUAGCGCACAUAGCCAACAAAGGAGUUUCCCCUUAUGGACCGAGCCACUUGAAAAACAUCUUGAAUUUCAGUCCAAAGUCCUUGCCUAUGAUGGGUAAACACCCACCGCCUAAAAGAAGUAAAAGUGAAAAAUGCAUUCCAACAUCAAAAACGAAUUUAACCCAAGCAGUACAAAAUACCCAAAAAAAAUCGAAUUUCAAGGAACCAGCAGACAGUACUGGGAUUUUAAGUCCAACUUCCAAGAACUUACAAUAAGAUAUCACAGCAAAGCCACUUCAACCAAACCAAAGGAACCUUCUAUGAACCCUUUGACGCCCAGAAGAACUCCAUCUGGAGUUCCUCCACCACGCAGACUCACAUCGAUUAAUGACGAAUGGUCGGAUUGCGGGUCUAUUACUAUAAAAAUCUGGAUGACCAACUGAGGUGAUCUACGCAAUCCUAUCAUGGCAGUACCCAGCAUUAUGAUCUUAACAGCAGUACACAGGAAAUCUUUAGGCAACUCAACGCAGUCAAGCAAUGAAUAUGGCAGCUUAACCAAGAUGUUUUUAUUGGAGCAGUUGUCCGAUCCGUUGGUUGAGCUGGAAAAACGGGUGGACUUAUUCCUAUCGUAUCUUCUAUGAAUGACGAAACAAACCUAUGAUUCAACUUAAACGAAAUAAAGAAACGAAAAAAAAGC